AACCUAUCUCUGUCUCUCUCCUCCACUUUCUCUCUCUCUUUCUUUGCAACUCCUCGCUCUCCCUCCUCUCCCUCCUCUCCCGACCUUUCUCAUCAGUCCCAUUCCCCUCGAUCGACUGAAUUGAACAACAGCGGCAGCAAUGGCGUCUAAAAUUUCAAAAAGUUUCAGCCUUUACGGUUAUGACCUGCUUCUGGGAUCGAUUGCCGCCUUUUAUGUGUUCAUGGCACCUUACACUAAGGUCGAGGAGAGCUUCAACGUUCAGGCGAUGCAUGACAUUCUUUACCAUCGGCAUCACUUAGAUAAGUAUGAUCACCUGGAGUUCCCUGGUGUUGUUCCUCGCACUUUUAUUGGUGCUUUCCUGGUGUCAAUUUUAGCAUCACCGUUUGUAUUUGUGAUGGGCUUGCUGCAGUUUCCUAAGAUUUAUAGUCUUAUAGCAGUUCGACUGGUGUUAGGUGGGAUCAUAUUAUUGACGUUAAGGUUCUUUCGCAUCCAGGUUAGAAACAAGUUGGGACGUCAAGUAGAAGCUUUCUUUGUCAUAUUAAGUGCACUGCAGUUUCACUUGCUUUUCUACUGUAGCCGUCCACUUCCUAAUACAUUGGCACUUGGUUUAGUGAACAUUGGAUAUGGGUUUUGGAUGAAAGGGAAAUUUUAUCUAGCCUUGAAUUCGCUGAUCUUUGCAACACUUGUCGUUAGAUGUGAUAUUCUGCUGCUCCUUGCCCCUCUUGGUGUAGAACUUUUAUUGACGAAAUCAAUUUCAUUACUGCAAGCCCUUAAAUACUGCGUUGGAGCAGCUCUUCUGUGUGUAGGUCUUACAACUUUGGUUGACACAAUCAUGUGGAGGAGAUUCUUGUGGCCUGAAUUUGAAGUCUUCUGGUUUAACUCUGUUUUGAAUAGGAGCUCUGAAUGGGGUACUCACCCUAUUCACUGGUAUUUUACUUCAGCCCUACCUCGCAUGUUGCUCAUAGCUUACCCUCUUUCCAUGCUUGGUGUGUUGCUUGAUAGGAGACUACUGUUUUAUGUGAUUCCCGUAUAUUCCUUCAUUCUGCUUUACUCUAAACUUCCACACAAGGAGCUGCGUUUCAUAAUUGGUUCGGUUCCAAUGUUCAACUUAGCAGCGGCAGUUACAGCUAGCAGAAUCUAUAAUAACCGAAAAAAGAGUUUCUGGAAGCUGCUCUUUCUCGCGAUGGUAGGAUCAUUUUUGGUCAGUCUAGGGUGCACAGUGCUCACCUUCUUGGCGUCGUAUGAGAAUUAUCCCAGUGGCUAUGCAUUGAAAUACCUGCACAAGAGUGGCCAUCUCGCUAAAGACACAGAAGAGCAAUGGGUCCACAUUGACACGUUCUCAGCCAUGAAUGGAAUAUCUCGUUUCUGCGAAGAUGAUAAUCUUUUCAGGUACUCUAAGGAAGAAGGGAUUCUCCUAGAAGAUUUCAGCCGGAGAAAUUUCACCUAUCUUAUAAGUGAGCAUGCUGCUGUUGGUGGAUACAAGUGCUUAUUCUCGGUGAAGGGAUUCUCGAGGAUCAGUCUUCAGAACAGGUCUCCUCCGGUCACACUGGUUAAAGUGCCUAAAGUUUUCGUUCACGGGAAUCUGAAUUACCGAGACAUAUUUGAUAGGAGUUGGCCGGGAUGCUUUUGAUACCAUGACUUUGCUUUAGAUCUGUAAUUGGCAGAAAAAACUGGCAGGGCCAGAAGAAUGGAAAUACUGUUUAUCGGAAUGGAAAUAUGAAAACGGAAAUUCUGAACUGUUUCAGAUCAUAUUCCAUCUAUUCCCAUAUUUGAAGUCAUUGAAACUCUCUUCCUACCAAUUAUUAUAAGCUUCUC